UCAGCCGCGGUGUGUAAAACAUCGCCACUGGAGAGACAAAGGCGGCCGGGCGUGGUUUUGGUCACCCACCCCAUCGUGUGUCGUGCCGGCCUUCAUAGGUGCAACGAAUGCUGCUGAAUCAGACUGGUGCAUAACGCGGUUAAUGGAGAGCGGUGCGGAUGACAGCAGGAACCGUUGUCAUCACGGGCGGAAUAUUGGCUACGGUCAUCCUUCUCUGCAUCAUCGCUGUUCUGUGCUACUGUCGUCUGCAGUACUACUGCUGUAAGCGCGAGGACCUGGACAGCGACGACGGAGAGCAGCCCGACCUGACCGCGCGGCCCGCCUCCCCGGACUCGCGCUGCUCCGAGCCGGCGACCGACGGGAAAUGCAACCACCUGCCCGUGGGACGGCCGCCCCUGCCACCGCCCCCCCGCGCCCCCUCCUGCCGCCACCAGUGGCCCCCCCGCGGCGACCGCGACCCGUGGCUCCCGGCGGGGCCCCCGCCGCCGGCCUCCUGGCCCGAUCGGCUCGAUUGCGAGCGCAGGACUUGCCGCGCGGCGGCGCGGGCGCCCUACGGCAGCCCGUUCUACGUGCACGUGUCGCCGACAGGCGGCGUGCGUAACGGCGGCGAGAGGGUGGCCUGCUCCCCUCCGCCGAUGUCUCUUCUGCCACCGCACGGAUUCCCCGCGGCCGCGAAGCGGCCCGGACACUUUGGCGGAUUCUCGCACAGCGUGAGCACGGAGGUAUGAA